CUUAUAAUAAUUUCGAAACUAUCAGUCGAAGUUCACGAUGAAAUACUUCGGCUCUGCUGUGCUUGCCUUGCAGCUCUUCCAUGAGACUGCUACAAGCAAACCCAUCACUCCUCGACAAUUGCCUACAAGAUCUGAAUGUCCAUCAGAGAGCAGUUACCCUACCGCUUUCAGUUUGCAAGCCAUAGAAGUAGCCACCAAUUCUACUAUGGUCCUAGCCCCAGUCGAUAACAUCUCCUUCGACGAACCCGGUACAUGGUAUUUAGGAGGCGGCACAGACUUUACCUUCAACCUCACAGACUACAAUUUAGCUAUAGGAAAUGCGCCCUGUGGUUUUCAAGGAUACGAAACGAGUAGUGGAACUUUAGGGGUUCCGAAAUGUUCUGUCCAACCUGGUGGGCGUGGACAGCUGAAUCCGUACUUUUCAAUUGGCUACAGCGACACAUUGGGCAUUUCAAUAUUGCAGCUUGCUCAUCCCAAUGUGACAGGUGCAGGCAGUGCCUGUGGUGAAUUUGCUACCAGCGAUUGGGGACCCUAUGGAGAGGUUUACAUGAAUAUAACAACGUGCGGAUCUUUUCCAGCAGGCUACGAUCCGAUCAUUGUUCAGAUCAUUCCUGUGAAUGGGACUCAAUCCUAGGAAACGUAAUAUAAGGAAAAAUCCAUAAGAAGAC